UUUAAUUAAGAAUAUUUCUAAAUAGAAGUGUAUUACGGGCUAUGAGAUGUCGGAUCAAAACGCAGAUGCGAAGCCAAACAUUUUAAUCACCGGAACACCCGGAGCGGGCAAAUCGUAUUUGUGCGAGCGUUUGGCCGAACAAUUGAAGUUCGACUGGUUGGACUGCUCAAAGAUUGCCAAGGAAAAUGAUUACAUUGAGGAGCACGACGAGGAAUACGAUUGUCCCAUUUUAGAUGAAGAGAGGCUUAUGGACCACCUGGAACCGUUGAUGCAGAAGGGCGGCAACAUCGUGGAGUAUCACGGCUGCGAUUUCUUUCCCGAGCGUUGGUUUCAAGCUGUCUUCGUUGUCACCUGCCCCAAUAAGACGCUCUACGAUCGUUUAAAAGAACGCAACUACAAUGAGAAGAAACUUUCCUCGAAUAUAGAGUGUGAAAUCUUUGGCACUAUCCUGGAAGAAGCGCGAGAUUCGUACAAAGCUGACAUUGUUCACGAACUCUGCGGCGAGACGGCAGCAGAUGCCGAUAAAAGCUUGAAAACAGUGAAACAAUGGUACCGUAUGUGGAAGAGAAAAUAAACAUACUUUUAUGAGGAAA